AAAGCCCUUGUCCAUAUCAGUUGUAUUUCAUACACAUAUAGGAAUGCUGUAUGAACUGUUGUUAUUCUGAGGGCGCUAAGGAAAGCCUUGCAAAUGUCUAGCGGAUGCAUGCUUUUGUGAUGCUGCCUGUUCAGAAGGCCACUUUUGUAGGCAGCAAUGCUUCGUCGGAAGAGUGCCUUAGCCGGUGUGACGCCUGGUUACUAUCCAAGGGCCAAUAACGACGAGAGCCCCCACACGCCCAUACGCCGGAUAGUAGCAUUUACGGAAGAAUAUAAAGUUCUUGCAACAGAUGAAUCUCAUUCAGAACUAGCUGCCGCGGACGCAUCGUUUUCAGCCGGCGCCAAUUCUACAUUCUGGUCGGAGGACAUAGUUAACCUUCGCUUACGAAGUGUUUCUAUCGCAUCUGCUAGCCAACUUGAUAGCCCGAAAGAUGGCACCACUGUUGGAGGACCGCCUAACUGUACAGGUGGUGGGCACGGUGAAGCUGCUCCCUCCUCCAACGGAAGACGUUUCUUCGGCGGGUCCGACCCCACAUAUGGACCGCAGACGCUAGUGUCUUCGACUGCAAAAGUGACGCCUUUGGCCCGACAUGUGGCGGAGCGGUCACUCCUCUCGGGUAUGGCCACGAACCGCCACCGAGACAACUCCCUUCCACAGGCGGGGCCAUUUCCUCCGGCCUCCCCUGCUUUAACCCCAUCCUCACCGUUCGGCGAAAUGGCUCGCCGGACAUCUUCAUGCGUGACCCUUGAACGUCUUCCCGGCUUCAUGCGCACGGGAACAUCAACAGCGAUGGCCAGGGCAGCCGAGGCCUCGCAGAACUACACAGCGACGCGUGGGCCCGACGCUCAGCAGCUAUCACAAUCCCCAACACUUCCCAACCCCUUCGCCUCGGGCUCCUCGUUCACCACCACCACGGCCAUGCCCUGGGGCCCCGCCCAAGAAAACCCCCAAGGGCCCCAACCCAUCGGCUACCGCACCUCCACCCCAUGCCUGCCCACCACCGCCCUGCGCCCCACGCGCCGCAUCUCUAUUUCCGUCCGAGCCCAGCGCACGCCAUCCCUGAUCUCCACGACCGCACACGACGGCUAUUUGGACGGCUCGCCGACCAGCUCCCGGCCUACCGUGAUGGAGAGCAGCGACUCCUUCUCCAGCAAGCCGGAGCCCUCACUGCCCUCGUUCGUGACACGGCCGCCGCCCACGGACGGUCUGGUUCACUUGUCGCUGUCCGCGCCCAAGGCCAUGCACCACGGGGACUGGGCCAUGGCGGAGUUCACCAUCGCGCGGCAGCUCUACAAUGGCUACGCGAGCGCGGUGUACAAGGCCACCUGCCUGCGCUCCGGCCAGGACGUGGUGCUCAAGGUGUACACGCUGACCAACCUGUCGGACUUCCUGCGCAACCAGGUGCUGCGGGAGCUGGACAUCCACUCGCGACUGGACCACCCGGGCGUGGUGCAGCUGCUGGCGGCGUUCAAGGAGGACGACAAGCUUGUGUUGGUUCUGGAGUACGUUCGCGGCGGCUCGCUGGACCGCGCGCGUCGCAAGCUGGGCGGGCGGCUGAGUGAGCAGCAGGCGCUGGAGCUGGUGAUGGUGCCGCUGCUGCGGACGCUGCACUACCUGCACACGCAGAGCAUCGUGCACAGGGACAUCAAGCCGGCGAACCUGUUGUUCACUCCCGACUGGCGCCUCAAGGUGUGCGACUACGGCGUGUCCAUCUGCCUGACGGAGGAGCGGGCGGUCACACGCACGGGCUCGCGGGACUACAUGGCGCCGGAAGUGCACGCAUGUCCGCUGAAGCGCCUGCCUCAUGACAACAAGGACAACCCCCGGCUGGCGUACGGCGCCGCAGCGGACGUGUGGUCCGUGGGCGCGCUGCUGUAUGAGAUGUUGGUGGGGUUCACGCCCUUCCCAGGAGGCCCGCCGUGCAAGCGCAACGCCGGUGACACCCGGACGCUGCCUUUCCCUUCUCGCAUCAGCGCCGAUGCCCGGGCGUUUGUCCUGGCAUGUCUGGAACACCGCCCCGAGGACCGGCCUAGCAUCGCAGAGCUGCGGCAGUUUGCUUGGGUGCAGGGCGCCGCCCUCCGCACCCAAUCGGAGCUGCCUGCAAGCCCCAAGCCAGCAGUGGAGGCGUGGCGUGGGGCGAGCUCUGGGCAGGCUCCUGGCGCGCUGCCUGAUAUGCGGGGCCGAUUGCUCUAGGCCUCCCAUGAUCGGCACCCCCAUUAUCCAUGAGGCAGCAACUCAUGUGCCGUUGCAGCCUGACAGCAAGAAGAUAUGCAAUCUGUGGUGGUUGCAUGUUAUAUGUGUACGGAAAUAAAACCUAGUGCUGGUAAUAGGAGUGCAUGCAAUUAAACUUAUAACAUCAUGUAGGUAGAGCGGUAGCACCGCCCUAGGGUCUUCGUGUGCCGUGUCUUUUCGUACUGUAUUUGCCUCCACAUCCGGGGCUUUCUUUGUUAGGACUGCAAGUCGUUUGCCUGCGUUUUUCUGUCACUUAUAAGGUCCUGGAUACCUGUUACAUGGGGCGGUUCUUUCUUUCCAAUUUUGGAGGGCAUCCGACAUUGCCGUAGGCCCAAGUGCUGGGGUGGCUCGUAAUACAGAUUCCUGCAUCGAAGGGCAUACGGCCAGUGUUUGUUGCGGGUGUUGCUUAUGCACAGGAUGGGCACGUAGAUACGGUUUUAAGAAAACUUGUGUGUAUGUGUCUACAUGAAGUUGGCAACCGCGAUCAUACGGGUGUUUACCGGGAAGGGGACCGCACCGGUCAACAUGUGCAUAGAUUUGCUAUGUAUUGUGAGGGGAGCGCAAGAUGCGUGAUUGCAGGUCCUUGGUGGAUAGUGCUGCACAAUGUGUUUUUUGUCAGCGUGCCAGGCAUGCAGGAAUGCAAGAGGAAAUACGUAAGCAAAGGAGAGAAAGCUGGUGGGUUAAUAGGGGAAGACACUUGCGUUUGCAUCAUAAAGUGCUGGUUUGCUUGAAGCAGGAGUUAGCAAAAGUACGACUACGGUAUGUGUGCAGGACGGCCAGAUGUAUGCCAGGGGUGGUGUGAGCUGGGCUCUGCUAUCCUCAUGUUAUGUACUUAUAAUCCUCAAUUUAAUUAAAAAAGGUUGUGAGUAUUUCUCUCUGACUAUGCUAUGGUUCGGUAAAGGUUUGUCCGUUUAAUCGUUACCAAAUUGCCUUUUUGCUGUUGUGUUUUUUUUUGGGGGGGGUAUGGCUUGAGCAUCAUUUGUGUCGUCCAAAAUGGAUGGGGAAUGGGAUCAUUAAGCGGUAGGCUGCAUCCCAGUUGAUGCCAGGGGGGUGGUUGGCGAUGGGGCGUUGAGCUUAUUUCCCGUAUGCUGGUUUUGGUCAGUCCGUGGCACUGCAACUGUUAGAAGUCUGGGACCUUAGGCAACUGCGUUUCUGAUUCUCGUAGGCGUUGUAUAGCAUCAGACACAUGUAGCUUUGGCAAUUCGCAAUCAUGGUUGGUAUUUGGCCUCAUUCCCCUUAUUUCCCCACGUUGUUAGUUUUGGAAACAUUUUCUCCGGAAUCUCCGAGUCCACUCGUGACUAGCUGUUCAUCGGCUAUACUGCUGGUUUCCGGGGUUGUUACGAGGGGGUAAGGAGGGCGUUUUGCAGCACAGCCUGUCACCCAUGGUAUGGAACCCCACCCCGAUGACUCGCAUGUGCCAUGGUGCUUGGAGCCACGUGCACGAGUGGGGCUGAGAUGCGGUUUCAAUCCUACUUUCCCGCACCCGCACUGACACUUGCGCCUCUCACCGUAACCUGAUCACCUGGAGUCCCCGAUGUGCUGCCGUCGCACGGCGACCCAGGCGCUAUUGAAGAUCGCUGUUGGAACAGGGC